AUGCUGGACAGAGACGUUCCCAGGAUUGCGUUUGGCCACUUCAUAGAACAGACAACUAAGUACCAGAUCAAUAGUCCAUUUAUUAUCAAGCAGUACUACUUCCAGGAGGAACUGGAUCGUAAGGAUGGCGUCCUCGAGGUGCAUGUGAGAAGAACCGAAGUCUUUGACGACUCUUUCACGCAAUUGCAGUGUAGGACUCCUGAAGAGUGGAUGAACAGCUUUCACAUAGUUUUUGAAGGUGAAGUGGGACAAGAUGCAGGGGGCUUACUUCGAGAGUGGUACACGAUAUUAUCACAUGCUAUCUUCAACCCUAUGUACACUCUAUUUACCACAUCACCCGAGGACCAAGUUACCUAUAUGAUCAACCCCUCCUCACACUGCAAUCCUAAUCAUCUCUGCUACUUCAAGUUUGUUGGUAGAGUUGUCGCCAAAGCAAUCUUCGACAAUAAAUUGCUAGGAUGCUACUUCACUCGUUCUUUUUACAAACAUAUCUUAGGAAUUCCAGUCAGUUAUACAGACAUGGAGAGUGAAGAUUAUAGUUUGUACAAGGGUCUGAUCUUUCUCAAGGAGAACCAUGUGGACAUGCUGGGCUAUGAGCAAACAUUCAGUACGGAGGUGCAAGAAUGUGGUACUGUUGUCGUCAGAGACCUACUACCAAAUGGUCGUAACAUAAAUGUUACGGAAGAUAACAAAAUGCAGUACAUACAGCUAGUCUGCCAAAUGAAGAUGACUGGAGCCAUCCAAAAACAGCUUGACAGUUUCUUGGAGGGAUUCUACGAAAUAAUCCCCAAGGAGUUGAUUAGCAUAUUCAACGAGAAGGAGCUUGAGCUUUUAAUAUCAGGGAUGCCUGAUAUUGACCUGUGUCAACUGAAAGCUAACACACUCUACCAAAAUUACCAGCCCGACUCACCACAGAUCCAAUGGUUCUGGCAGGUGUUAGAGGAGUUAGAUAAUGCUGACAGAGCAAAGUUCCUGCAGUUCGUCACAGGAUCUCCCAAACCUCCACUUAAAGGGUUUGCUUUUCUGGAAGGUAUUGAAGGGAUCCAGAAGUUUAAGAUCUGUCGUGACGAACUGUCUACAGAUCGUCUACCUUCAGCCCAUACUUGCUUUAACCAGUUAGAUUUACCAGCUUACGAGACAACAUCGAAGCUUCGUUAUUUGCUUCUAAAAGCAAUCAAUGAGUUUGCAGAGGGCUUUGGACUCUUCUGA